AUGAAACAAACAAUCGCCUAUUUCUGGCACGAUCUGGCCCGCGAGUUCUAUAACUCGAAGCGCACGAUGAUCCAGCGCUGGCGGCGUGAAUCGGCAAAGCUUGAGGCUGCUAUGAAAAAUUGCGAAGGUAAAUAUUUAAAGGUGCGAAGCUUAGGAGUUGGGACGAUCCUCCCACCAGAGGUAGAACUAGAAGUGGUAUUCUGGGUGAACAGUUUGCCCAAGGAAGGUGUGCCAGUAUCGCCGCGCAUGCUGGCCCUACAAGCACGGCGGAAAAUGGCUCGGCAGCUGGGUAUUACGCGAAUCUACAAUGCAGAUCAGACAGGUUUGUUUUUUAUUUAUUCUAACUGCGAAUUGCAUGCUCGCGGCGCCAAAACUGUGUGGGUGAGAUGUGCCGGCUCUUCACAGGAGCGUGCGACCGUGAUGCUACUGGGGGAUUCAAGCGGGGUACGUUAUACCCCCUUCGUAGUCUUCAAGAUGAAGCCAUCGAAAAACCCAGCCAUUGUCAAGGAGAACAACGAAAUACGAUGUGGCUUUGGCACGCGAACGUGGCCAGAGAUCAGGAAGCUGAAAGCUGAAACCGGUUUGCAGAUUUACGCCAACGGCAAAGGCUGGAGGAACAGUGAUCUUUCGCUAAGGUUCCUACAUUUUCACUUUGGUCACCGCACGUCGCAUGCAGAGCCCGUGCUGCUCCUCUGGGAUGACUUCAGCGGCCACUGGACCGCUGAAGUGCUGGCUUACGCUGCAUCUAUUAGGGUGGUGCUGCUGAAGGUGCCUCCCCAUGCUACGUCUGUUUGCCAGCCUGCAGACGUAGCAUGGAAUCAUCUGUUCAAGACUUGGCUGCGCAGGUUUUGGCUCGAGGACAUCCAGCGGCAACUGAUGCAGCCGCGCGACGCGGAAGCCAAGUUUAAGCUGACUCCACCAGGUCGCGCCGGGAUGUGCCAUUGGAAUCGCGCUAGUUGGGAGAGCCUGAGCUCCGACACCAUCGCGAAUGAAUACAAGAAAUGCGACUUACACCUCAACGAGGAGUGCCUCGCCGCCGCGUCGCUGGUGGCAGAGCUGCGGAACCUAUCGCUAGUAGGGCCAGUGGCCAAGGCGGUCGACCAAACUCAAGACUUCGACCGCAAUGUCAUUCUUGGUGUAGCUUUCUUCUACAAUACAUAUUUUGAUGCACAUCGUUUUUAA